GCAACCACUUGCAAACACGUCGUGCAAACAAGCCUACUUCUGAGGAAACUGGUUAGCGCAGGUGUGGCAUAUCACCGAACGGGACAAGGCCCCUUAAUCUGAAUAGCAGCUGGUAUAUCAACAUCCCGACAGUAUGGAGGAAUUUCCUCCGAGAUUCAGCAAAGUUUUAGUGACACCCGAUCCUCAGUACAUACCAGGCUAUGCAGGAUACUGCCCUCAGCUCAAGUACCACCUCGGGGAGACCUACGGGAAGCUGACGGCUCGGCUCCUGUCCUCCCCCGAAGUUUUGCGUUCCCGUCGGCUGGUCCUAUACUCAGGCCGCGCCCCUCCCACGGAGUCGGACGGCGAAUCAGGGGACAAGAUCUGGACAAGUCGGCAUGGAAACCACAGGAACAUGGAAAGGAUGAUACCGGGAUAUACAGGAUUUGUCCCCAAAAGCCGGAACUACUUCUCACGCACCUAUGGCGAGACAUGUCACGAGGCGCUGUCCGAGUUCAAGAGGGACCAAGAGCAGCGUAAACUGCUGGCAGCAUCUGCUGAUCUCACCCAUGUAAAGAACGGCACUGUGGCUGGUUUCACAUCUCAUACAUACAGCACCCCUCUAACCCCCAUCGCUAAGGAGCCAGCACCCUACAUGCCCCAGGACUCCUGGAAGCCACUGGGAUCUCCAUACUUCAUGGACGACACCAGUCCGCACAAGUACUUCAUCUCAGGUUUUACUGGAUAUGUGCCCAAAUCUCGCUUCCUCAUCGGCACUGGCUACCCCAUCACCACCAACAGAGCCCUGAUCCAGUUUGGUAAGGAGAUGAGGAGUCCAAGUGGCUCUCUGAGUUUCAAAGAAGAGCCGGGUAGCCUACCCCCCCUUCCCGCCAUCUACCCCUCCUACCGGGGCCAGCUUCCAUUUUACACUGGGCAUGUGCCAGGAUACAAAUUCAGGUACGGUCAAACCUUUGGACAGCUCACUCACAAUGCCUUGGGUUCCAGUAUUAAUCAAAGGAAAACUGAAGCAAAUCGAUGA